GCCUUUGAGGAGACGGCGGACGGCGUCUGAUGGGCCGCACGCACCACGGGGCUCACAGCUGACGGGGAACCGCCCAAGCCGACCAGGGGCCCGGCCCGCACUGGGACUCGGCCCGGCCUGCACGUCCCAGCCAGCUAUUCCUGCGGCUGAGAGAACCGUGUGGGCUUCCCGUUAGCUGGGAAUCAUGCAGAGAGCUUCACGUCUGAAGAGAGAGCUGCAGCUCCUGGCCACCGAGCCACCCCCGGGCAUCACGUGCUGGCAGGACACCCACAGGGACGAUCUGCGAGCGCAAAUAUUAGGUGGGGCCGACACACCUUAUGAAAAAGGUGUAUUCAAGCUGGAAGUCGUCAUUCCCGAGAGGUACCCAUUUGAACCUCCUCAGAUCCGGUUUCUGACUCCAAUCUACCAUCCGAACAUUGAUUCUGCUGGAAGGAUUUGUCUGGAUAUUCUCAAGUUGCCACCAAAAGGCGCCUGGAGGCCGUCCCUCAGCAUCGCGACUGUGUUGACGUCCAUCCAGCUGCUCAUGUCAGAGCCCAACCCCGACGACCCGCUCGUGGCUGACGUGUCUUCAGAAUUUAAAUACAAUAAGCCAGUCUUCCUCCGGAAUGCCAGGCAGUGGACAGAGAAGCAUGCCAGACCGAGCCGGGAGGUGCGAUGCUCGUGCGGCCCUGACCUUGCUGCUGCUGCUGCUGAUCCGGAUGCUGACGAGGAAGAGGCGCCCGGCAGCCUGCCAGAGGCCGGCGACCCAGAAGCACGCGACCCAGCACGGAAGAGGAAGGCCAGGCAGCCAGGCGGCGCGGAAAAGAAAUUCUGCCCCGAUGUUGAAGGCGUUUGUCCUGGUUCGUCUUAGUUAAUAUAUUUUCUGCCGGAGCGUCUGCGUGGCCCGCCUUUCUUAAAUGGUUUUUUUUUUUUUAUACUUGAUGACGUUUGGUCUUUGUGCUUUGUAAAACAGAACUUGUAUUUUUAUGUAUUCUGCUUUUACAUUGAAUCUCGAAGUGCAUUGUGUUUUAUUUAGCUUGUACGUGCGUAUUUUGAAACGUUUUAAACCUGAAAAAUAAAUAAUAAGUUAACGUUGA